AUGACCUAUAUUCCUCAUAUUGAGAGCAUAGCAGUCAAAGGUUCCAGGACAAUCAACAUAAUGAGAGUGAUCGCUAAAGUAACUUGGGGCGCGUCCCCUCUACUGCUACUUAUGGUUCAUAAAGAGCUGGUCAGGGCGUGUCUGGAGUGGGGUGCACCUCUAUUCUUCUGUGCAAGUAAGACAGUGCUGGAAAGACUUGGCCGAGUGCAAUAUGCAUCUAUCCGGGUGGCGCUGGGUUGCAUGAGCUCCAUUCCUAUCCCUAUUCUUCUUUCGGAGGCGGGGGAAGUUUCCCUUUCACUGAGGAGAUCUCAUCUGGCAAACAGGUACAUCCUUCGGAAUUUCUGUUGGAAUGAUAACCCCUUGGUCGGCAAAUUGUCGUUGUUGGCGGAAUCGGCUAAAAGCAAGAGAUUCAAAGUUCGCGAGGAGGGCUAUGGACAGAUUGAAGCAUACAAUUCAAUGGCGGAGUUCGCUUCCUCUUUGGAUGCUCCACAAAAACCCUCAUAUUUUUAUGAGGAGUGGGAAGACCUUUCGGCGGCUAUCCCGGUUGACCUUGAGCCUGGUUUCGGGUUCAGGGAACCGUCCUUCUCCCAGCGCUUAUUGGACUCCUUUGUGGGAAAAAGAUAUGCGGAUGUGCUCAGGGUUUUUUCAGAUGGGUCGGUGAACCCUGGGGUGGGGUUGGCAGGAUGCGGUUUCAUGGUUCCGGAAUCCGGGCUGAGGUUUGGAGUGCGAUUGAGGGAUAUAGCUUCUCCAAUAACGAGCGAACUAUACGGCAUUUUCUACGCCCUUAAAUACGUAAUGGAGAGGGAGCGACGAGAUGACAUUAUCUUCGCUGAUUCUCGUUCUGCUCUAACUAUUAUAAGGGACAGGCUUUUUAAUCAUGCAGGCCACCCACUUGCACGGCUUAUAGUAGAUCGGAUGGCCGCGGCCGCGCGUUCGGGUGUCAAAGUCAGUCUUGUAUGGGUCCCGGCACAUGUGGGUAUAUUGGGGAGCGAACGGGCUGAUGAGGUUGCGAGGUCGGCAUCUAGACUUCCAUUAGUUGUUCAGAGAGGAAUUCCGAUGGAUGAUCUUCAUCUGGUCUGUCAACGGGACUUUAGGGACUGGUCCUUGUUGUGCUGGCCCUUUGAGGGAACGAGAGAUUCUAGGGCGGACUAUUUCCUGCAUGCAAACGUCAAGACUCCUAGUCCGUGGUUCCGGGACUAUUGGUUUCCGAGGCGCGUUAUUAAUCUCAUCACGAUGUUACGUUCGGCGCAAAUAUGCACAGGGGAGCAUUUUGCGCGGAUGGGGUGGAGAGUACCGGUAGGCUGCGAGUGUGACGCCGAGGUCAGAAGCUUAGCACACCUGCUUCAUCGGUGCCCGAGGCUGGCGUGGGGCAGGGUCGCAUUUUAUUGA